AUGACCAGCAGUACUCCCUCAACAAAGUUCCGGCAGAACCAAAUGAAGUCGAUUAUUGGCCAUUCGUAUAAUAAGCUGUAUGGUCAGUUUAUGGCGGAAGAGCUCACGGAAGUAGGUAACUAUAGGAUCCUAAAACAGAUCGGGGAGGGAAGCUUCGGGAAGGUGUAUCUAGCGCAUCAUAAACCCACUCACCGCAAAGUGGUCCUCAAGACAAGUGAUAAAAGUGAUCCUAACGUUGUGAGAGAAGUAUUUUAUCACAGGCAGUUUGAUUAUCUUCACAUUACCAAACUCUACGAAGUGAUUGUCACUGAAACUAAAGUCUGGAUGGCUUUAGAAUAUUGCCCCGGCAGGGAGCUGUACGAGCAUUUGCUUUCCUUACAAAGAAUAACCCUCGAAGAGUGCUCCAGGCUCUUUGCUCAAAUUGUUGGAGCUGUAUACUAUGCGCAUUCGCUGAAUUGUGUUCAUAGGGACUUGAAGCUGGAAAAUAUCCUUUUGGACAAGAAAGGGAACGCUAAAUUAACAGAUUUUGGAUUCACUCGAGAAUGCGUUUCGAGGAGCCAGCUGGAUACAAUAUGUGGCACCACGGUGUACAUGGCACCUGAAUUGACCCAAAGAAAGAGCUACGAUGGGUUUAAAAUCGAUAUAUGGGCCCUAGGAGUUAUACUGUACACAAUGAUAAAUGGUACAAUGCCCUUUGAUGAGGAAGACGAAGCGAAAACGAAGUGGAAAAUAGUGAACGAUAUGCCUGACUUGGAUGGUUCUUUUAUGGUUCCCGAAGCCAAGGAUCUAAUCGAGCAAUUGCUUGCCAAAGACCCCAAUGACCGACCAUCUAUUGAGAAGAUCCUUAGUCAUCCUUUCUUACAACCCUACGGCCUUUCCCUUAUGGAGAAAACUCAGAAGAUUCUGCGAAGACAGAGACGAGGCUUGACACAAUUCCAUUCGAAACUUGAGCGGAAGUUGUUGAAGAGACUAAAACAGGCAGGAUUUGAUACACAGGCCAUCAAAGCAUCUGUACAGAAGAGAAAAUGUGAUUCGCUUUCUGGUCUUUGGCUGUUACUCGUUGAGCGAGAGAUGGCCAAGCAGAAGCAGGAUUACCCAAAAAGAAGCAAAUCUGUACUUUCUGUCAGAAAGGUAUUUGACAAUUCCUCAGCAACUGGCGAAUGCAAGCCUUCAAGUGAAAACUUAUUUGCUCAGCAGUUGGACUCUAAGAUAACAGCUCCUCUCAAUAGAAUUCUCAGCAUGAGAAGCGACAAUGCUUCGCUUCCGCCUCCAUCGCCUAAGAAAACGCCUUGUGAUAGGUCAAUAAAGCAACAAAUCAAUCUCAACAGCCCUAGCCAAGAAGCUGAUUACCAAGGCAGCGGAUCCACAACGCCUAAGAAGAAUAAUCUUUUUACCAAGAUGUCAAAAUUCUUCAAGAGUAAACGACUGAAUAAUGAUAAAUCAGGAUUGAGUAAUGCAAAUCGUAAUAGUCAGGAAUCGCCUAAGGGUCAUGGUACAUCUACUUCCGGAUCAAUUGAGAAUAACGAAAAGGUUGAGAAGAAAAGAGUAAACAGAUCUGAAUCUCUGCGAUCGAGCUCGAAGAACUUAGUGCAGUCAGUAAGUGAUGAUCUGAAUGAUGCUAACUCUAAGAAUGAUGACUUUUACGCACUGGAUGAGCAUCGUCCUCAAAGCGAAUCAAACAGACAGCUGCGACAGCUAAAGCGACUGAAAUCAACUACAUCUAGUGAUAUUUCGGGUCAAACCUCAGAAUCAGUGAACAAUAAUUUGCGAUCAGCACUCAAUGAAAAUUCCAAGCCUUCCCUUUUCAACAGUACUAGGCCAAUGUCUGGUAUCUCGCAGCAUUCUGAGCUUUCAAAUGAAACUUUUAAUUCGGAGUAUUCAACGGACGGUAAUAAUUCUUCCUUCAAAGUGUCUGAUUCUGUAAGGACAAGCUUCCCACAUGCUAACGCUGGUGGUACGUCUCAAUACUCAUCGGGUGGCGAUAAGAGUAGCAUCGGCUAUAGCCAAAAAUUUUCAACCCGCGAUUUAAGCACCAUGUCUAGUGCAUCAAGUGCCUCUGAAAGAAGCUCUCGAACAGAUUCUUUUUAUGACAUAACCACCGCCUCGUCGCCAAUGGUCAUGGACGUGCGAAAAAUCAAUCGAACGCCUAUCAAGGAUUCAGUGUUGCCACGUUUUGGCGCUCAAAACUCUCGCCUGACCAAACGAAGUCAUGGUACUGGCCGUCGAGCAAACUUGGUAAGGCGCAUGCAUGGUCGGGAUUUCAUGAAGCAUAAUCCGGCUCAAACACAGUCAAUCAUUCAAGAGGAAAGUUCGUCAGGAGGAGACGAUGAAAAAAAUGUCAAGGAAAUCUCCCUUGCAGAUGGUGUUCCGUUAGCAAGCGUUGAAGAUGAGGAGCUGGCGAUUCACACCGACAGCGAGACAUCAGCUGUCAUUAGCGGCCCCGUAAAGUUGCGCGUUGAUGGCAACUCUGAAACCUUUGCAUUUUCGAGAUCACUCAGUGAAGGCAGUGAGUGGUCGCGAAACCUAAUAGACCUCCGGCACAACCGGAAGCCGAUUACCGAAGACGACGAGUCGUUUCAGAUUGCGGAUCAGGAGGACAAUUCUUCAGAGUAA